AUUUUGACAGAAACGAAGUAUAAAAUAUGAAACGUAAGAUCGAUAACAGGGUUCGUAUCCUCAUAGAAAAUGGUGCUCUUAAAGGUCACAGAAGUCUGUUCGUGGUGGUUGGUGAUAGAGCUCGAGAUCAGGUUGUGUACUUACAUCAUAUGCUCUCCAAGACUAACUUGAAGCAGGCAAAUGUACUUUGGUGUUACAAAAAAUCACUGGCAUUUUCAUCGCAUCGUAAAAAGCGAAUGAAACAAUUGCAAGCUAAGGUAAAGACUGGAGACCUAAAUGUGAAUGAAGAUGAUCCAUUUGAAAUGUUUGUGUCGAUGACGGAAAUUCGAUACUGUUACUACAAAGAGACACAUAAGAUACUUGGAAAUACCUUCAAGAUGUGUGUUUUGCAGGAUUUUGAAGCUUUAACCCCCAACAUUCUGUGUCGAACAAUGGAGACAGUGGAAGGUGGUGGCAUCAUUGUAAUUCUUCUGCAAACUGUGACUUCACUUCGUCAGUUAUAUACAAUUAGUAUGGACGUUCAUUCAAGAUAUCGAACAGAGGCUCAUUGCCAUGUUGUUCCCCGAUUUAAUGAAAGAUUUAUUCUCUCUCUACCUUCCUGUUCAACAUGUGCUGUUUUGGAUGAUCAGCUACGUAUUCUUCCACUUUCAUCUCAUCUCAAAGACUUGCAGCCUGUCCCAAAACCAUCAGCUGAUGAUCCACUUUUGCCACAGGAACAAGAACUAAGGGAUCUUAAAGAGUCCCUUAAGGGAAACCCUCCAAUUGGAAUUCUUGUUGACUUAUGUAAAACACUAGAUCAGGCUAAGAGUGUCCUCCAGUUCAUUGUAGCUAUUACAGAAAAGACCUUACGGACUACAGUUGCGCUUACAGCUGGAAGAGGUCGUGGGAAAUCUGCUGCUUUAGGAAUAUCAGUGGCUGGUGCCAUUGCCUUUGGGUAUUCAAACAUAUUUGUUACUUCACCAAGCCCUGAGAACUUGAACACGUUCUUUGAAUUUGUUCUUAAAUCUCUCAAUGCAAUGGGAUAUGAAGAACACUUGAAUUACCAAGUUCUCCGAUCGUCUGAUCCUCAGUUCAACAAGUGUGUUAUGAGAGUUACAGUCACCAGAGAUAGACGCCAAGUUUUACAAUACAUCUUACCAAAUGAGAGCCAUUGCUUGGGUCAAGCAGAAAUAGUUGUUAUUGAUGAAGCUGCAGCCAUCCCGCUACCUCUUGUUCAGAAACUUCUUGGGCCAUAUUUGGUUUUCCUGUCCUCGACUGUGUCUGGAUAUGAAGGAACAGGGAGAUCUCUAUCCCUGAAACUGAUAGAUCAGCUGAGAAGAGAGGCACACUGUAAGCAGACUGAGAAAAAUUCAGGUGAAGAAACCCAGACUACAGUGUUAAGCAGAGUCUUGCAAGAGGUAACGUUAGAGGAAUCUAUAAGGUACAAGAAUGGGGAUCCUGUUGAGGGAUGGCUUCAUGAUAUUUUGUGUUUGGAAGCUUCCAUAUUUGACAUUCCAGUAGAUUUACCACCGCCUGAUAAAUGUCAGUUAUUUUAUGUCAAUAGAGACACUCUUUUUGCUUAUCACAAGGUAUCCGAAAAAUUCUUGGCACAAAUAAUGGGACUGUUGGUGUCAUCUCAUUACCGUAAUACUCCAGAUGAUCUUCAGAUGCUAUCCGAUGCCCCAGCUUAUCACCUGUUCGUGUUGCUUCCCCCCCAGCAAGAAAUGGAGGGUGAUUCAUUACCUCUAGUGUUGACUGUUAUACAGGUUGCACUAGAGGGUAAGAUUUCCAAGGAUUCAGUGAUGGCUGCUCUCACGGUUGGAGAAAAACCAUCUGGAGAUCUUGUACCAUGGACUGUCAGUAAUCAGUUCCAGAACUAUGACUUUCCACAAUUAUCAGGAGCACGUGUUGUUCGGAUAGCUACUCAUCCACACAUUCAAGGGAAAGGCUAUGGAAGCCAUGCCCUUUCCUUACUUGAAGCGUACUAUGCUGAAGUUAGUCCACAUGCAGACUAUGUGGAGUCAACAAAAAGUGAAACAACACACUUGAAUGUGGUGCAGGAUGAACAGGUGGGACUUUUAGAAGAAAAGAUAACUCCAAAUCCACAUUUGCAGCCCCUCUUACAGGCCCUGGAUGAGAGAUCACCUGAACCACUGCAUUAUCUUGCUGUGUCUUUUGGUGCAACACAGCAGUUGUUAACUUUCUGGAAACGUGCUGGUUUUACUCCAGUAUAUUUGAGCCAAGUUGCAAACAGCAUAACAGGAGAAUUCACCAUAAUUAUGUUGAAAGUACUCAGCGAGACAAAAGAGGACAGAGCCACAUCAUGGUUGUCUGAUCUGUGGUUUGAUUUUAGGAAAAGAAUGCUCUCUCUUCUUGGUUUAACCUUCAGGGAAUUAACUUGCAAGUUUGCCCUCAGCAUCAUCACAAGCAAUAUAUACAAAAAAAAGAGUGAAGUUUCAGGUUUACUUGAGCUUGAUCUUUAUGUUACACAUGGAGACACCAAAAGGCUGGAUGAAUUCCUUAGGCAUCAGUGUGAAGCCCUCCUUAUUACAGACAUCAUUUCAGGAGUUGCACGUUUAUAUUUUAGUAACAAGUUAGGAGCUUUCAAAUUGAAGCCUGUACAAACAGCAAUCUUGUGUGGCAUUGGCAUUCAGCAUAAAGCAGCCCAGACUCUUGCAGAUGAACUUGGUAUUGAUCGUAGUAUCAUCAUGAGCCAAUUCCAUAAUCUUAUUUUUGAAGUAACUAAACAGAUAAAAUCUGUUCGUCAGAAGGUGGAAGGAAGAAGGGUUAUUGAUGGAAAGUCUUCGUGUACUGAUGAAAAAUUUGUCUCCAGCAUUGAGGAAAGUGUCAAGAUAAUGAAAGACAAGGAAGCAAGUGACAGAGAAAAGGUUUCGCAGAUGAUUGAUUUAACACAAUAUAAGAUUAAAACAAAAGAGGAAGAAGAAUUGGUAACUGCUAAGAAGACAAAAAGUAAGAAGAGGUUGUUAGUAGAUGCAGAGCAAGAAAAGAAAAGCAAGGUGCCGAAGAAGACUUAGAAUUUUAUAUUUGUUUGAGCAAAAUUACAUGAUACAUUAUAUUGUAUUUUAUUUUUAACAUAAAAAAUCUGAAUAAAAAGCUUGCAAAAUUACUGUGUUCUGCAAAAGUUUGGUUGUAAAGAUGAAGUUUUAAAUUAAAGCAUUGAAAUGUUUUUCAUAGCAUAAUUCAUUUUGCCAGGGGUGUUGUAUUUGGGAUUAAUGGUUAUGGGUAACAUCUUCAAAGUUUUAGUUAAGAGGGGACACACAAUUCAAAACCUUCCCCAUUCUGCAGAAGAGAAAAUGUAAAUAUUCAAGUAAUUGCUAUCUGGUUUCUGAAUAUCUUCAACUUUUAAAAUAAGUGAAGAUAUGAAGUUUUGGCCACAUGGUCAUUUGGCACCAUUGUGAGAAGGUAAGGAUAAGUGAAUUUUCAUGAAUAAAUAUGAUCCUUGUUGAAAACACAUGACAGUCAAAUGCAAAUGCACAAAAUUUAUGCAUAUCAUUCUCACAGUCAUAUGUCAAAGAAGUAUAUUCCUUAUAAAGUAAAUUAUAUAAAUCCUAGAAAUACCAA